GAUGGACCCGGUGAGCUGAGUUUACGUCAAUCGUACUCAUCCACGCUCUUACGUAUCAGCACAUCACGUGACAACCGAUCUGCAGCUGCACGCGGGAGUUGUUGAACUCAAAGUAUACUGUUUUUAUAAGCAGUUUUUCGUCUUUUUUCUUUCGGCCACCGCUGAGAAAAAAAUUCCUUUUUUCAAUACGCUAGCACAGUUUUACUUAGCAGGCGAGAUGUUGAGCUCCAAGCUGCUGACCCUUGUGCUCAUUGUCCAGCCGGGCAGAGUGCUACUGGGUAUGAAGAAGAGGGGCUUUGGUGCUGGAAAGUGGAACGGGUUUGGGGGCAAAGUUCAGCCUGGAGAAACCAUUGAGGACGCUGCUAGGAGAGAGCUGGAAGAAGAAAGUGGUCUCACGGUGGAUGCACUCGACAAGAUCGGAAAUAUCAAAUUUGAAUUUGUGGGAGAAACGCAGCUACUUGAUGUCCAUGUUUUCAGAGCCGACACAUAUAAUGGAGAACCGACAGAAUCCGAUGAAAUGAGGCCCCAGUGGUUCGAACGUGACAAAAUUCCUUUCAGUCAGAUGUGGGCCGAUGAUAUACUGUGGUUCCCUCUGAUGCUGCAGAAGAAGAAAUUUGUUGGAUACUUCAAGUUUCAGGGUCACGAUGUGAUUCUCAGCCACACGCUGGAAGAAGUGGAGGAGCUCUGAAGGGAAAUAAUCGAGCUGUUACUGGUGGCAUUUACAUCAGGGACCAAUAUAAAACCUGUGAGAAAUACCAGGAAUAAUCCAACGGCUGUUUUGUGUCAUUAUGCGGAGGAAACGAAGAUAUCCUGUGGAGGGUUUACAUGUUACGCAGCUGUAACACAAUUAGAAACCUUUUUA